AACCUUUGUACGCGCGCUUCCCCGAGCCCGGGCGUUAUUGGGCGUUGCGCGGCGGCUGGCCGAAGCCGGUUGCCAAGGCGACGUCUGCGAACAUGGCUGCUGCGUCUUCGUCUGAUUCCGACUGCGGCCGAGCUGAGAGCAACGAGGCCAGUUCGAAAUGGCUGGACGCACACUACGACCCCGUGGCCAACAUCCACACCUUUUCCAGCUGCCUGGCGCUGGCAGAUUUGCAUGGGGAUGGGGAGUACAAGCUGGUGGUGGGGGAUCUUGGCCCAGGUGGGCAGCAUCCCCGCCUGAAGGUGCUCAAAGGACCCACAGUGCUGACUGAAAGCCCAUUACCUGCACUGCCAGCUGCGGCCGCCACCUUCCUUAUGGAGCAACAUGAACCCCGGACACCAGCUCUGGCACUCGCUUCAGGCCCUUGUGUGUAUGUGUAUAAAAAUCUUAGGCCCUACUUCAAGUUCAGCCUGCCCCAGUUGCCACCAAACCCCCUGGAACAAGAUCUUUGGAACCAGGCCAAGGAGGACCGGAUUGACCCCUUGACGCUGAAGGAGAUGCUGGAAGGCAUCCGGGAGAAGGCAGAGGUGCCUUUGUCGGUACAGUCACUCAGGUUUCUACAGCUGGAGCUGAGAGAAAUGGAGGCAUUUGUGAGCCAGCACAAAUCCAAGUCCAUCAAGCGGCAGACAGUCAUCACCACCAUGACCACCUUGAAGAAGAACCUGGCUGACGAGGAUGCUGUUUCCUGCCUGGUGCUGGGCACUGAGAACAAGGAGCUCCUGGUGUUGGACCCGGAGGCCUUCAUCAUUUUGGCCAAGAUGAGCCUACCCAGCGUCCCCGUCUUCCUGGAUGUUUCCGGCCAGUUUGAUGUGGAGUUCCGGCUUGCUGCUGCCUGCCGCAAUGGGAACAUCUAUAUCCUGAGAAGAGACUCCAAGCGCCCCAAGUACUGCAUCGAGCUGAGCGCCCAGCCUGUGGGGCUUGUCCGGGUACACAAGGUCCUGGUGGUGGGCAGCACCCAAGACAGCCUGCAUGGCUUCACCCACAAGGGUAAAAAGCUGUGGACAGUGCAAAUGCCAGCAGCCAUCUUGACCAUGAAUCUCCUGGAGCAGCACUCCCGGGGCCUGCAGGCUGUCAUGGCUGGGCUGGCCAAUGGAGAAGUCCGCAUUUACCGUGAUAAGACCCUGCUCAAUGUCAUCCGCACCCCGGAUGCAGUGACCAGCCUUUGUUUUGGCCGGUAUGGGCGGGAAGAUAACACCCUCAUCAUGACCACACGAGGCGGUGGCCUGAUUAUCAAGAUCCUGAAGCGUACGGCAGUGUUUGUGGAAGGGGGAGGUGAGGCGGGCCCCCCACCAGCCCAGGCCUUGAAACUCAACGUGCCCCGAAAGACCCGGCUUUACGUGGAUCAGACGCUGCGAGAGCGGGAGGCUGGCACCGCCAUGCACCGGACCUUCCAGACCGACCUCUACCUGCUGCGCCUCCGGACUGCCCGCGCCUACGUGCAGGCCCUGGAGUCCAGCCUGAAUCCUGUGUCUGUGACAGCCCGGGAGCCCCUCAAGCUGCACGCUGUGGUUCAGGGCCUGGGUCCCACCUUUAAGCUCACACUUCACCUGCAGAACACCUCAGCAGCCCGACCCAUCCUGGGGCUGCUGGUCUGCUUCCUGUACAACGAGGUGCUCUACGCCCUGCCCCGGGCCUUCUUCAAGGUCCCCUUGCUGGUGCCAGGGCUCAGCUACCCACUAGAGACCUUUGUGGAGAGUCUCAGUGACAAGGGCAUCUCGGACAUUAUCAAGGUGCUGGUGCUUCGUGAAGGCCAGAGUGCACCCCUCCUGAGUGCCCACAUCAACAUGCCCGUGAGCGAGGGGCUGGCAGCCGCCUGACCCCUGGACUGGUGUUAAAGCCCCUGUAGAAUCGGGACCAGGAAGAUUCAGCCGCUUCCACUCAGCUGGGCAGAGUCAAUGGCCCAGUCCCCGAGCAGCAGUGUGUUGGGGCCACGGUUUCCUUCUCCUCUCCUAAGUGUCCCCGUUCUCACCACCCUGACUGCUGGGUGACCGAUAGCAGCAGGUCAGUGAGUACCCAGGAGGUUCAGCUCCUUCCCCCUCAGGAAAACCCAGCCAUUUGCCCACUGGACUACUGCUGUCCUUCAUCCUCCCACUUUUGUCCAGAAAUCACCCCCAGGGCCGAAGGAAGAUCUCUGAAGUGGUCAAGGUGAGAUGAGGGGCUCGGGCCCAGCCUUCUCCUUUGCUGCUUUCUGUAGGCACGUUACUCCUGGGUUGCUGCAGGCCCAGGCCAGAAUUGGCCACGGCCUGGCCUGGGGUAAUCAGAGGCUUUUCUUGGGUGAGACCGAGCCCCCUGUUGCUCCCUGGGGUUCCAGAGGCUUGUCUGAUGCUGGUCAGAUUACAGGCAAAACACAUUCUCUGAUUUCUCCUUGUGAGCCAAACAAGGGAGCCUAGGGAGUAGUUGCCUCCCCACAGGGGCCUUUCCUGAAAUCUUGGGCUCAGCCAAAGUCUCAGGCCUGUGAUGCUCCAUGAAGAUCGCCAAGGGAGGAGGUGGUGCCAGGAAAGCAUAGGGCGCCCGUGCCAGGAGCUAGUGGCCCCAGCCCCCACCGGGCUUCUGAACACCACACAACUGCCGCUCCUGACUUGGUCGCUCGUGUCCAGAAAGAGCGUCCCAGGAGAGGAAGGCUCAGUUAGAGCACAAGUGGGACUGGGGUGCGCAGGAGAGGCGUUUCCGGGCCCUGGGGAGGUGGCACAGGAGGCAGAAGCCCAGAACUGCUCUUCUGUGCCCUGGAGCCCAGAUCAAUCACGUAAGUGGAAAGUUUACUGGGCAGUGGCAUUAGCUGGAAAGGCAUGGACCAGAGGUGUUGAGUGAGGCUAAAGACUGAGGGAAAGCACAUGUUCAGACCACAAGGGCCCUAGACCCACAGUCCUGGACCUCAGUGCCUCCUGAGCCCUGGCCAGUGUUAGGCUGGUGCUACCAGGGCCACCUUGAACCACUUAGGAGCCAGGAACCCUGCUCCGAGCACCUGUCUUUUCCUCUGUAUGACCAGGUGCAGCCUAGCAUAUGGUACCUCAGCCUUGUGGGAAGUAACCAAAUCCUUCUAGGCUGUAGUUUCCCCACAUAUAAAAUGAGGCAGUUUGUGACCAAAUUGAGCUCUAGCAUCCUGUGAGCUUGGCAGCCGCUCUAGAGGAAAUGAGGACUCCACUCCAGAAAGGGGGGAUUUGACAGGAGUAACUGCAGGGCUUUUGCCCUUGAGACCAAGGGCCCCACACUAACUGCCAUGGCCAGGCAAUAACCUCUUGUCCAGGACCCCAGCAAGGGAUUGGGGUGACACAGCUCUCAGCUCACCCCAAACCCUCCCAAGGAAUGCAUUCUGGGGCCAGGUUAAGAAAGAAUGGGGUAUGGACCAAAGAAAGAGCCCAUCCCCCUCCUCUGUGCAGAGCCUGGCCGCUUGUAGACAUAGAUUAAUUGGGUCAGGGUGGUGAAGGGUCUCUAGAUCAAGCCAAGUGAGUCACAGUUGGACGAAGCAGGAGGUUUAACCUGCAGAGCUUCCUAAGAGAGCUUGGCAGAGAUGGAAAGGCCUGCUCUAGAAGGUAGUAAGCCCCUUAUCGCUAGAGCUCUGUCACUGGGGCUGGGCUAGCUCUUCACUGGGCCGUAUGACCAUACAAUCUCUUCUUCCCCAAUCAUGUGAUGACUGUGUGAGCUCGGAACACCAAGUCUAGUUUGUAGCUAUUCAUGAUGAUGGAAGUGGAGAAGCUUCCUAUGCCCAGCACCUAAAGAGAGUUUGUGUGAUGUAAUACUAUGUAUCUAUUAUUAAAAAUACAUGAACUGCACUGAUGUGGACAAGUAUACAUAAAGCAACAUGAAACCAGGAACAGUGCAUGGUACCCAGUGCACUCACUAGUUGGAGCUCCAGGAGAUUGUGUACAUUAGGGAUGAGGGAAGUUAUUAUCUUUUAAAAAAGUAUUUAUCUAAAACCACAUACCUACUUAGUACUAUGGAAUUAGUUUAUAACGAGAAAAUUCUCCCCAUUCCCCACUACUGCUCCCUUGCUACAAUCAUUUUCAGUUCUCUUAGCUAUUUUUUUAAGUAAUCUCUGCAUCCAGUGGUGGGGCUUGAACUCAACCCCCCAGAUCACGAGUCGCAUACUCCACUGACUGAGCCAGCCAGGUAUUCAUUAGCUAUUUAUCUUAAAAAUAUGCUUAUACUACUCUUGCUUGAUUUAUCAUUCUAGACACUAUCUCUUGGGUCCCUAUUGUAAAAGGCGAGGCUUUAGCUCUCUUGUGGAGUACUUUGCGCCUUUUCUCCCCACUUUUUAGGUAAAUCAAUACUUACUGUUUAGAUGGCUGUUUAUCUUACUGUAUGAAAGUUGUUCCCUGCAGAGCCAAAAUUGGGAUAUAAUUAAAUUACCUUUUAAUUUUUCAUGGAGUUAAUAAUUGCCUUUUUUUUUUUCAUUUGGUUAGUUUUCUGUAUGUAGCAAUUGUUCAUUCUUCCCUCAUCCAUUCUGACAGUUACUUUGUUUUUCUGGAUACUUUCCAUCAUCCCCUGCCUCAGUGAGGACUGUUUGCUCUCUAGAACUACUGCAGACUGUUUCUCCUGACUAGAGCCUCUGACUCCUGGGCCCCUUCUCUUCAUCCUUACAGUUCUUUUACCCCUCAUUGGGUGGAGUGUAUCCACAGUACUGCCUUUAAAAAGUCACUAGAGUUAAAAAAUUUUAGUACACUGUCUAAAAAUUUCUUUAUCCCAUUCACAUACAUGUGUGAUAGCAGGUCAUAAAAUUUGAAGUUGAAAAUAGUUUUCAUGCAAGAAAAUCAUUUUUACGGCGGUAUUCCCUUGUGCUCUGAUUUUUGGUAAUGCUGUUGAGAAGUUGCGUGCCAUUUUUGCUCCUGGCCUUCUUGUUCUGAAAUGUCAGGACAUGACUUACAUGUGUGUCGUUAUUUGUUGUGCUGUGAGGUGGAAAUGUAUAUCCCUCACUUCUACAAAAUUUUGUUUCUUAAGCGAUUUCCUCCCAUUUUCUCUCUUCUCUCUGGAAUUCUCAUUAACCGAGCACCUGAUAAAUGGGAAUUCCAGAGAGAACAGGAUUGAUUGUCUGUUUUUCUUCUCUCUUCUCUCAUAUUGUCUUUCUGUCCUAUGUUCUGAGAAAUUUUUCUUUCAGCUCUUCUCUGGACCUGUUUUUUAAAAUUCCACUAUUUUAAUUCUCAGCUCUUUCUGUUCUGUGGUCAAUCUUUAACUAUAAUGUCUUUGAAAAGAUAUAGAGGUCACCAAACCAUCAUCAACAAGUGACUUCUAUAGACUUAUUUCAACAUCAGUAGAAUACACAUUUUUCUCAAGCUCACGUGGAACAUUCACCAAGACAGACCACAUUCUGGUCCAUAACGUAGGCCUUCACAAAUUUAAAAGACUGGAAAUAAUACAGUGUCUGUUCUCAGGUCAAAAUGGGAUUAAACUAGAAAUCACUAACAGAAGGGUAACUGGAAAAUCCCCUAAAUUUUCAUCAUUUCCCCCAAAUACAUGGAGAUGAAACAACACCCUUCUAAAUAGCAUGUGGGUCAAAAAGAAAUCUCAAGGGAAGUUUAAAAAUAUUUUAAACUAAAUGAAAAUGAAAACACACUUACCAAAUUUGUGGGAUACAGCAAAAGCAGUGCUUAAAGGGAAACUUGUAGCAUUGAUCUGAAAUCAGUAAUUUAGAAGUUUCCACUCUGGGAAACAAGAAAAAGAAGGGCAAUUUAAGGAGUGACUUGGUGGCUCUGUCGGUUGAGCAUCCGACUUCGGUUCAGGUCAUGAUCUCGGGGUCUGUGAGUUCGAGCCCCGCGUCGGGCUCUGCGCUGACGGCUCGGAGCCUGGAGCCUGUUUCGGAUUCUGUGUCUCCCUCUCUCUGCCCCUUCCCCGCUCAUGUUCUCUCUUUCUCUCUCUCUCAAAAAUAAACAUUAAAAAUUAAAAAAAAAAAAGUACUGGAAUUACCAAACAAUAUAAGAUGUGUGUUUUUGAUAUAUUUAAAGAAAAAGAUCCUAAAAUAGAAGUAGCAUAUAAAAUGACCAAGCAAAUCUGAAAAGCAAACAACUAGAAGGAGAAAUAAGAUAUUUGACAUGUAAAACUCAAUGGAAGAGUCGGCACAACCACUUAAAAAAGAAAAAAAAAAAAACUAAAUAGAUUGGUUUCAGAGCUGAAGAAAGACCUAAAGAUGUGUGGAAAUAAUCCAGAAUGCAAAAAACAGAAAAUAUGAGUUAUUAAGAGACAAGGAGGAUGGAGUAGAGAGGUCCAAUCAGAGUUUCAGUAGAGGCAGAGAAAAUAGGUGAAGGUGUGGCUAAGAAUUUUCUAGAACAGAUGAAAGACAAUUCAUAGAAUCAGGAAACCCAAGGAAUACCAUUAGGGUAGAUACAAAGACAACAACACUUGGGCACAUCACAGUAAAUUGCAGAAUGUCAAAGACAAAAAAGUCUUAAAAGUGUUGGAGACAAAAGUGUCUUCAAAGGGGUAACAACAAAUAGAUAACAGCUGAUGUUAUUAAUAGCAACAAUGGACACCAAAAGACAGAAUAUUAUUUUCAACAUAUGAGAGGAAAUAACUAUUAACCUAGAAUUCUGUACCCAGUAAAAAGUAACUUUAAGUAAGAAGGGUGAUAAACUAAAAGCUAAGAAAAGGUGGGACAAAUAACAAAGUAGAAAUCUUUCCAGGUACAUCAAUUACAAUAAAUAUAAAUGACUGUUUCAACUGGAAGACAGUGUUGUCUAGAUUUAAAAAUCCAUUUAUAGGCUGAUCUCUUCUUUCUAAGAUUUUUUUUUUAAUAACCUCUACACCCAAUGUUGGGGCUCAAACCCACAAUCCUGAGAUUGAGUCACACGCUCCACUGACUAAGCCAGCCAGGCGCCCCAUCUGUAGGCUGAUUUUACAAGACAAUUGAAAGUAAAAGAAUACAGAUUAUUUUAAUGUAUUUGGACUAGAAGGGAACUUAAGGGGCAUCUGUUUUAUUAUUUAUUUAUUUAAUGAAAUUUGUCAAAUUGGUUUCCAUACAACACCCAGUGCUCAUCCCAACAGGAAGGGGCAUCUGUUUUAAAAGAAACCCACCGUGAACAUAUUUUAUAGUGAAAUAUUGAAAUGAUUUCUUCAAAGGCCAGAAACAAGUCAGGGUGCCCACUACUUUUCCUCUACCCAUACAGGAGGGGCAAGAAGAUUAAGAGGUAUAAAAAUUUUAAAGGAAAAACAAAACUGUCUUCUCACAGAUUAUUUUAUUGUAAACAUAGAAAACUCAGAAGAGUUUAUAAGGUAAUGGUAAGUUUUUGGUUUGCUGUACACAAUCUAUUUGCAUAAACCAUGUACAAUAACAAAACAUUAUCAAAUACUUAAGAAUAAAUCUAACCAUGGGGCGCCUGGGUGGCUAAGUCGGUUAAGCGUCUGGCUCUUGGUUUCGGCUCAGGGCAUGGUCUCGCGGUAUGUGAGUUCGAGCCCCGAGUCAGGUUCUGCACUGACAGUGCAAAGCCAGCUUGGGAUUCUCUCUCCCUCUGUCUCUGCCCCUCCCCCACUCAUGCGCUCUUGCUGCCUCUCAAAAAUGAAUAAAAAAGGAAGAAAUGUGCGGCGCCCAAGUGGCUCAGUAGGUUAAGCGUCUGACCUCAGCUCAGGCCAUGAUCUCACAGUUCGUGGGUUCGAGCCCCAUGUCAGUCUGUGUGCUGCCAGCUCAGACAGAGCCUGGAGCCUGCUGCGGAUUCUGUGUCUCCCUCUCUUGCCUGUCCCCUGCUCACACUGUCUCUCUCUCAAAAAUAAAUAAACAUUAAAAAAAGAAGAAAUCUAACCAAAAGAGGCAUGAUCUUUAUGAGAAAAAGUAUAUAAUUUUAUUGAAAACAUCUAAUAGAUACACCAUGUUCAUGACUGAAAAAUGCAAUUUCAUAUAGAUGCUGAUUUUCCCCAAACCGAUCUGUAAAUUCAGUUGGGUUCCAUUCACAAUCUCAAAGGGAUUUUUAUUGGUGGAACUUAUCAAAUGGAUUCUAAAAUUUAUGUGGAAGAGCAAGGACCAUGGAUGGAUCUUAGGGAGUCACACAAUAGGGGCAGAUAAAAUGACCCGUGAGACAAAAUGGGACAAAUAAAUUGCGGUAGAUUCAGUGGCUCACUAUCCAGCAAGGAAAAGGAAUGCCCCACAGCUAUACACAUUGAUUGGGAUACAUCUCAGAAACAUAAUAUUGAGUGACUGAAUAAACGGCAUGAUUCCAUUUAUAUAAAAUUCAAAAACAUGCAAAACCGAUACAAACCUAGGUAAUGCAAUUACAAGGCAAAGCAAGGGAAUGGUGAAGACAGCACAGUGUUUUCUCGACCAGGGAGGGCACAGCAGGGACUUCAAAGAAGUGGGUUCCAUCUCUUCUUAAAUGGGGCUGGGGAGGGAGUUCCUCUUUAUUUUAUAAAUAUCUUCUUGCCUCUCCUUACUAUUUAAUUAAAAAAAAGAAAGAAGAAAAAGAAAGAAAGAAGAAAGGAA